UGGAAGGAGUCGCCAUUGCGAGCACGGAUUACAGUUGAUCCACGAAGUAGUGAUCCGGAGAUGACAGACUUCCCAAACAUAAAGUGAACAGCUGGGAAAAUGUUGAGGCUUGCGCGUACCGGGACGAAUAAUAACAGUUUUCUUUAGAAAAUAAAAUAAUAAUAAUAAUAUUAAUAAUAAGGCGAGAGUAGAAGCUGGUGCGCUCACUUGAAUUUGGUGAAAAAGAAGAGGAGACGCGCGAUGCCUUAAGGUAACAGGUGGCACUUUAUGGUUACAAUGUCUUUUUUCGCCUUUGGGUCGGUGUUAGAUCUAUAGGAACGAGUUUGCAGCUCCGUGCCCUCAACUUCAGUGGAGGAAUGUGCGUUUUGAGCAAAACAUGAGCCGCGCAGCUCGCGCGUCCCACGGACAAAGACCUGAGACGGAAGCUGCUCGUGAACUUUGCGGCUGUGCAAUGCUAACAACCCCCGACUAGCCUACCAAAACGGCUCCAGAGUGAAGACGAGCUCCGAUGAAUGGACCGCAGGAUGUUUUCUGGUCAGGCUGGUCUGAAUUACAGCUUCAACCUGAGCAACGACCAGGAGCCGGUGGACACGCCGGCGGGCAGGGGGAAACUCUCCCCGUCGGGCUUCGUAGUGCUGUCCGUGGUGCUGGGCUUCAUCAUGACUUUUGGCUUCCUCAACAACUUCGUUGUCCUGCUUCUGUUCUGCAAGUUCAAGAAGCUGCGAACCCCGGUGAACAUGCUCUUGCUGAACAUCAGUGUCAGUGACAUGCUGGUGUGUCUGUUCGGCACCACUCUCAGUUUCGCCUCCAGUGUUCGCGGGAGUUGGCUGCUGGGGCGCAGCGGCUGCAGCUGGUACGGCUUCAUCAACUCCUGCUUUGGUAUUGUGUCGCUGAUCUCUCUGGUGAUCCUCUCCUAUGACCGCUUUAGCACUCUGACUGUAUACAACAAGCGUGGGCCAAGCUACCGCAGGCCCCUGCUGGCUGUUGGGGGCUCUUGGCUGUACUCCUUGUUCUGGACAGUGCCCCCCCUCCUAGGCUGGAGCAGCUAUGGCAUAGAGGGGGCAGGAACAAGCUGCUCUGUAUCCUGGACGGUUCAUACAGCCCAGUCGCAUGCCUACAUCAUCUGUCUCUUCACUUUCUGCUUGGGUUUACCUGUCCUGGUGAUGAUCUACUGCUAUAGCAGACUGCUGUGGGCAGUCAAACAGGUGGGCAAGAUUCGAAAGACUGCAGCCCGGAGGCGAGAGUACCGCAUUCUGUUCAUGGUUCUGACCACAGCUGCCUGCUACCUGUUGUGCUGGAUGCCUUACGGUGUUGUGGCCAUGAUGGCAACAUUUGGCCCGCCCAACAUCAUUAGUCCAAUAGCCAGUGUGGUGCCCUCACUACUGGCCAAGAGCAGCACUGUCAUCAACCCUCUCAUUUACAUACUUAUGAAUAAACAGUUCUACAGGUGUUUCCUGAUUCUGUUUCACUGUGAUCACUGGUCAGCGGCGAACGGCAACAUCUCGAUGCCCUCCAAGACCACGGUAAUCCAGCUUAACCGCAAAGUCUACAGCAACACGGUGGCCUGCACCGCCCAGAUCUCCAACGACGUCCUCAACCAGUGCUGCAGCACGCCGGCCACCAACCAAACAACCCCUCCCCUGAGGUCACAACCUGAGCCGGAAUAUCCUCAACAUAACCAGACAAGAAACACUGUCAAGCUGCAGCACAAAUAACUCCGCUUGAUAGCUCCUUUUACAAUGUGAACUUCAGUGAAAUGUGAAUUCAUACAUGAUGAAUCCGUGUAUCAUUCGUUCUUUUCAUAUUCAAUUGGGAAUCCAAAAAUCGGAAAAUGAAAAUACAAUUCAUCAUUCCGUUAUUCAUUCUUCACAAAAAAAAAUAACAACAGUUUGUUUUUUGUGCUUUCAAUUUUAUUUAUUUUUUUAAGUCAAAAAUAGCAAAUGAACAAAUGGACCACAAACCGCUGAAAAGAAAAACCACCCACGUUGAUGUUCAAGCUCAUAUUCAUUGCAUUAAGUCAGGCACCACCAUCACCCAUGUGUAUUUGCUGCAAGUUUAUCAAGUGCAACACACAAAGAAGUCAGCGACUUCCUGGUCGUUUUUUCAUUUUCCAAUUUUGGAUUCUCAAUUGAAUACGAAAAGAACGAAUGAUAGACAGAUUCUGAUGCAUUUAGAGAGUCAAUGUAAGUUUUGUGUGAGCUUGUGCUCAUUUCGAAUUUUUAUAAUUUACAUGUACAAGGUACUAGAUGGGCAUAGAAAUACAAAUUUCAUUAAGUAUUCACAAUACGGCCAAAUUUAUGAGGACACCUGAUCAUUACAUGUACAUUUGACUGUUCGACAUCGCAUUCCUCAACCAUGGGCUGUAGGGAUUUGAUCCCAUUCAGCCACAAUGUGUGUUCAGCCACUGAUGUCGGGCGAUAAGGCCUGACUCAGAGUCAGCGCUCCAGAUCAUCCCAAAAUUUGUUUGAUGGGUUUAGGUAAAGGCUCUGUGCAGGCCAGUCGAGCGCUUUCUCACCAAAUUCAGAAAAGUAUCUCUUACUUUCCUAUAUGGGGCGCUGUCAUGUGUAAACAGGAGAGGAACUUCCUCAAACUGCUGCCGAAUGUUGGAAGCACACUACUGUGUAAUAUAUCAUUGUGUGCUUAAGCAUUACGACAGGACAAACAAACCAUGAAAGAUCAGUCCAGACCAAAAGUAUACAAACAUAUGUGGACAUCUACUUCUGGCCAUGUAGUGCAUUUGACCCUUGUUUGAUAGGUCUAUACUGUAUGUCCAGGAAAUAUUUUUCUUUCAAUAUUCAUUUACUGAUCAAUUCAAAAUGGUCAUAUUUAUUAUUGAUAUUAAGAGGUUCAGUUAAUGUUUUUUUUAAAUCAUUUUUAUCAUAUUAACUGUUGAUUAUACUGUCUACUAAGCACAUUUUCUGUAUAAAUUAGAAACAGGGUAAAAAUGUUGUGGAAAAUUCUCUCUACAUGUAAGUAGAAGGUUUGAAAAUUUAGUGGUUCCUCAAAGUGUUCCUUUCUUAAAAAUUCCCAAACCCAGCUGCACGUUCACUACAAUAGGUUGAAGGUUUCAAUUCAUUGCAGAAUUGUAACAUUUAUGUAUUUUCAUUUCUCUACAAUGUGACCACUACAGAAUUGAUCAUUUCUAUAAUACCUUUUAAAUAUAAUGUAUAUAUUUUAUGUUGACUGAAUUCCUUUUUGAAAUCCAGGAUCAGUUUUUUUUUCCCCUCCAUUUUUUCUACAAAGCAAAAACCUUGUGCCUAUUCUCUGUUGCUGUUUGUCAUUGUGCUGAUGUAAAUGCCACGGCUAGCCAGUCAUAGAUUUGUGCUGUAAUCAGUGUCAAUGUGGACUGAUGUGUUAACUGCCGUCUUUUCUUCCUCUCACUACAGCCUCUGUACUGCUCAGAGUGUAAAUAUUGCAGAAUCCUAGUAGUUCUCACAAAAAGACCUUAUCUUACAUUCAACUUUCAACUUGUACAUAUAUCAAGUUAAUAAUUCUGCUCUGCAUGUAGUGGUUUAUUUGGUUUAUUUCUAAUUGUCUGUUAGUUUUCCCUCUUUCGUUAUGGUUACUUUGUGUUGCAUGAUUUUGUUGGUUUUUUUUGUACAUUACAUGUUAAAAUUGAUCAGAUAUCAUGGAGAAAGAGAGACAAUUACUUUCACCUGUAUUCAAUAAAAGAGCUCUACCCUCUCUUGCAGUGACUGGUCACAUCUGUAGUCUCACUAGGGGGCAAAAGAUCUGAGGCCAUUGGGGGUUUCCAUCAUGGAGCUUUAGGCCAGAGAGACGGUGCUGACCACUAUGGCCACGGCAGGUUAAUAGAAUGGGACUACAAGGGAGAGGGAUAUGGGAUGCCAAAUGGCUCCUAUAUCAUCUGCUUUUAGUUCCCCCAUGCCAGGAUGAGAGAGGCCAGUCUGAAAUGGGUGAAAAGCUGUGAUGUGUCACAACAAGACCAGCCAAAGAGGAAUGGUUGGCCAAGAGGACACAAUGUGAUGGCUGAGGGGAAACCGUAACACACCUGAGGAGAUGACUGUGAUCCGCCACACUGAAAGGGCUAAGUGAAGGAAUUUCUAAAAGCUUCCUGAAUGUGUGCGCAAGUUUUCCACACAAGGCCGACGUGUAGACUUGAUGGUCUCCCCACCUUGUCCACAAUGUUGUAGACCGGAAAAACCAGGAUGCAACAUCUGGGAACUGGAAUACAGAAACUUACUGGAGACGAGAAAGUGCUGAAAUUUAAUGGCCCUGAGUCAUGAUGCAGAUAUCAAGCAUGUUUGAUACGAACACCAGAUGUGGUUGUUUGCCUCAGAGCUUGAGAUGGCUGACCUUCUCACUGCA